CGGGACGAGACCCCUCCGCCGGCACCAAGACGAGCUCACCGACUAGUCCUCCUCCGACCCAUCGAAGCGUCAGUCGGGCUGUUUUGAUUGCAACAAUGGGAAGACGGCCGAAUGCGCUCAUCCUGCAGUAUUUCGAACGCGGACCGAAGCUGCAGGACCAAAGCAAUCGCUAUCCCCACACUUGCAAAGCUUGCGGAGAGCACUUCCCGCGCGGCCGACUCGACAGCUUGACGAGCCACCUAACGAAGAAAUGCCCUGCCAUUUCCGAGGCCGAGCGAGUCAAUGCUCUUCUAACCUUGUCAGGCAUGAGCCAUGCUUCGCAGAGGUUCCAGCAGAGCCACCAGGCCCAGGCUCGCGCGCAGGCCAAUGGCUCUUCUGUCGAUUUGCCCAUGAUGCAGCGCGACUGGACCGCCCUCGGAGUCCUCGCCGAAGUUUCGAGACAGAUUGAUUUGAAUGAAAAGAACGACGACCGCGGGCAGCCCAAUAGCGGACCCCCCCUUGCUGCCGCACAGCCCGGGGGCGGCCAGCCAGCAGAGCACUUUGAAAUGCACGAACAAUUUACUGUCGAGGACCCGCCGGUGAACCAGGAGAUUGGCGCGCCUAAGGCAAUUAAGCUGGAACCCCCAUCACCGGAGGCGGAGCGAGUGCUCACUGCCGAAGAGCGGCUUCAAGAGAUCCUGCGCACUGAGAAUACCCACUCCGACUCUGCAAACAUUACCAUGGCUGCAGCUGCGACCGCGCGCCUGCACCCUGCCUACCUUGAUCCCGAGAUUCUCGGCGAAGAAGCCGCCGCUGCUGCCGAGGCGGCCACAGCUACUGCCAAUGCUGCUGCCGUCGCUGCUGCCGCCGCCGCCGCGAACAACCUCCCUGCCGCCGACAUGAGCGUGGCAGAAGAAGCUUCCUCAGUCUCUAGUACCCCCGCGAUCCCAACAACGAGUGCUCCUCAACCUUGGGGCGAAAUCACAUAUGCGACGGAUUCUUUCCAGGCAAACAUCAUCAACAAUAGCCCCAUACAGAUCACUACAGCUCCUCUCGGGAAAGGUGUCUUCCGUCUAGACAGCGGCCCCAACGGCGCCAAGUCUCGCCACUCCAGGGCACGGUUCAACGCAACCAGGAGAAAGGAGGUUCAAGAAGUGAGAAAGAUUGGUGCCUGCAUCCGAUGCCGAGUCCUCAGAAAGACGUGCUCCCAGGGUUCGCCUUGUGAUACUUGCCGGAAGGUCCUUUCCCCGAGAGUGUGGCGUUCCGGCUGCGUUCGCACAAAGUUCUCCGAGCAGCUGGAUUUAUACUCUGCCGGGGUCCAAAUCGUUCUCGCCCAGGCGCGAGUAAACUCGCUCAAGCAAGCCAUGAACCUCGCAAACCAUGGCAUAGUGGUUGAGGCCUGUCAUUUUCCAGACUGUGCUCCCCGUCUGCAGCUCCAGGUCUUGCAGCGUGAUCCUGACCGAGACGCCGAAGGAAAGCUUGUCGACGCGACGAUCAUAGAAGACAAACCGGCAAGUUAUCCGAUUGUCAUGCUGGACAACGAUAACCAAGACGUGCCGGCGAGAGUUGAGACAUACAUGCGCGAGAUACUGCCUGACAUGAUCCGGCGCGAGCCCUCCCACUUCAUGCAGGUUACACUACAGACAGCCGCGGAUGUCGCCGGGAAGACAAAUGAUGAAUUGCUCAAGAAGUCGCUUGAGUUGUGGGGUCUCGUAGAGAUACUAGACCGAGAGCGUCAGUGGACAAUCGACGCGAAAUCAUGGGCCGAGGAUGCACCGGCCAGGUCCGUCAAGGAAGAGACCGACGGAGAGCUUUUUAAUACCAUCUGCCUGCAGCUCGCCGCCGCAGCGGAAAGGAAGGCUGCCGCUACCAGCAAGGCUCUCCUUACAGGAAUGCAGCGCGUCCUGCAAGACAGCAAAGUCAAGAUCGAUUUCAACAUGUACUUUGCCGUCCUGAUUCUGUUGAACUGUGUUGAGAAGUCCAGCUGGGCCUUCAAGGCCUGGGAGCAAGAGAACUUGCGGCAUCUGUGGCCGCUCGAGAAAGAACCGGUCAGCUUUGCACAACAGGGCUAUGUCAUUGCAAACCUCCUGCACAUGCUCCUUGGAAUUCGCAAGGCCCUUCCGCGGACCACGCGCCGCGAGAUUGACGGGAAGUUGGUCACUGAGGAGGAGAACCCGGCGAUUAGGGAAUACUUUGAAGCGAUCAACCUCGACUUCGCCCAGGUCAAAGCAAAGCAGGAGCGUCCUGCGUUUUCUCCGACCGAUUCCCGCUCAUUCGAGCUUCUGUUCUGCUCCACCCUCCUUCUCCCGAACUCCGACCCUUGAUCGAGGCCGGCCGCGCCGCUAAACGACCUAAUACCGCGAGCUCCGCCUCUCUUUCCUUUGAUUCUAGCUGUGAGGUCUCGCAGCAUUUGUGUUCGGCGGCGGCUCAUGGCUUUAUGACUGAAUACGCUCAUGUACGAUUAUGAGAGGUGGUGGGGUGCCAAGGAAUGCCCAAAGGGCAGCAAUGGCUUCACUUCGAGAUAAAUGUAGGGGGUUUGUGGCAUCGUUAGCAGACAUGCUGCGAUGCCGGUUGAUGUAAUUGUCGGGAUAACGCUCUGUCAUUGUGCAGAGCAAUGGGGGGAG